GACGUCUUUGUGAAACCUGCGUAGCCAUGGACCGGAAGGAAGUGGGUGUUAGCUGACUUACGUUAGCAAGCUACAGUUACGAAGUCUGCUGUGGUUCUAUGGAAGAGAUGUCAGGAGAGAGUGCCGUGAGCUCGGCAGUGCCGGCAGCCACAACCCGGACCACAUCCUUUAAAGGCUCCAGCCCAAGCUCGAAAUAUGUGAAGCUAAAUGUGGGUGGCGCUCUGUACUACACUACAAUGCAGACCCUGACCAAGCAGGACACCAUGCUCAAGGCCAUGUUCAGUGGCAGGAUGGAGGUCCUCACCGACAGUGAAGGUUGGAUUUUGAUUGAUCGCUGUGGUAAACAUUUUGGAACAAUCCUGAACUACUUGAGAGAUGGUGCAGUGCUGUUGCCAGAUAGCCGACGGGAAACUGAGGAGCUGCUUGCAGAAGCCAAGUAUUACCUCGUCCAAGGCCUUGCUGAUGAAUGCACAGCUGCUUUGCAGGACAAAGAAACCUAUGAACCUCUAUGUAAAGUGCCUCUAAUGACAUCAUCUAAGGAGGAGCAGAAGCUUAUUGCAACUGCAAAUAAGCCUACAGUUAAACUGCUGUAUAACAGAAGCAAUAACAAGUAUUCGUACACCAGCAAUUCAGAUGACAACAUGCUGAAAAAUAUUGAGCUGUUCGACAAGCUGUCGUUGCGUUUCAAUGGUCGUGUCCUCUUCAUCAAAGAUGUGAUUGGGGAUGAGAUCUGCUGCUGGUCCUUUUAUGGACAAGGGCGGAAGAUUGCUGAAGUGUGUUGCACUUCCAUUGUUUAUGCCACCGAAAAGAAGCAGACGAAGGUGGAGUUCCCUGAGGCUCGCAUCUAUGAGGAGACCCUCAACAUCCUCCUGUACGAGUCCCAUGAUGGGAGAGGGCCGGACAAUGCUCUACUAGAGGCAACAGGGGGCGCUGCAGGACGAUCCCAUCACCUGGAUGAAGAUGAGGAGCAAGAACAAAUUGUACGUAGGAUCCAUAUCAAACGACUAGACAACCGUACACACCACCAUCAUUGAACUUGUACUUCUCUUAGCCGUGGUUUUGCACCACAACUGUGCCUUACACCAGCCACCACAGCGCCUCUUAUGUCCUUCACCAGGAGGCUGUUUUAAUGUGGAUUGAAGUAGUCCACUUUAUCUUUUGUGUUGUGGUCCAGUACACCAGUGUUUGUUGCUCACUUAUCUCACUGUUCUCUGCUAGCGUGCAGAAGCAUCAUAAUCAGAUGAUUGUUCACUGUAAUUUUAUCUUAACUUUGUGUGUUGUUUGUAUAUUUAUCACAAGUGGUCCUAACAUUACACCCAAAGCCCGGUUUUUCAAAAGGUUAAGUCUGAAUUUGGUAAGUUUUUUUUUUUUUAAACUAUCCAUGAUUCAUAAGAAUCAUCCAUGAUCACGUAAUCUAUCUUACUUUUGAGAAGGCAACAUCAGAUUGGCUCAGUCUGAUCCGAAAAAAUCAUUACAUUUUAAUCAUGAAAAAAAUAAUCACAAAUAAAUAUAUUUGUUAAAUAUUGACAGCUGUUUGGGGGAUUAUCUUAUGAGGCCAAACUCUACUUUGCUGUAAGGCUAAAAGGCUGAAUAGGUUAUAGCCUACAUAAUCACUGUCGUUGGACAGAUGAAUACAUGAAAUUAAAACCUUAUGAAUAAAUAGGAUAUCUUGUAGGCUAUAUUGCCUGAUUGAAAUACUGUAUAGUAUUAUGUAAUAUAAUUUUAAAGUUUCAUUACAUUUUGGGUCUGAAAUCCACGUUGAAUCCACCCUUCUGAUGGGAUCAGCUUAAUCCAGAUAUUUUGGAUCAAAGUGAUCGCAAUCCUAUUUAAAAGUUCUGAACAACCCAAACUGAAGGUUUGAUCUGGAUCAAGACCAACAUUGAAGUACGUGAUCUAAUCGGAUUGUAUGAUAUGUUUUUUCUUUUGAAAAACCCAUUUGAUCCAAUCUGUUACCCAAAUUCCAGCAGAUUAUUUUUGUAAAACCGGGCCCGGGAGAGCAAGAAUGAUACAGUGAGCUGCACCUAAUCUUUCCUCAUGUUUAUGCAUCUUAGGUAUCCACUGUGAUCACUCAUUGGGUGAGCUAAGUGUUCACCACCACUAGGUGGCAGUGUUUUAUUAUUAGGUUACCUGGACCAUUAUGAAGCCUGAUAAAACCUUUUAUUAGAUACAAUUAUGUUCAUCUAAGAUGGAUGCAAUAAUUUCAUAUAGUGUUUCCACCAUAUUUAGUUUAAUUUUUUAGAUACAGAGUUAGAAUGAAUGGUUUAACCAGAGAUCUCCCUAGCAGGAAAUGAGUCCUGUCAAAAUGCUUUUUAACAGGUAGAGAAAUUCGAGCUGCAUUCAUCAUUUGGUUUGCACACAGACUCACCAUACUAGGAGAUCAAUUGUCCAGAAGUCAGCAUAUAUGUAUGUUUUUAUAUGUAUACAUGAUCUAUCUCAAAUAAAUUUAUA